AUGGGCUUCUUUCGUUCAAAGGGUGGUGGCGGCAGUUUAUAUUCCAAGCAAGAGUAUGAAGAGACAGAGCCACUUCACAACGGAGAGACCAUAGAAAUGACCGAGCCUGGCAGCAGCUCCUCUGUUACUUCUUCCGAUGAACAUGCAAGCGGUAGUAGCAGCAGCCAUCAACCACCACUGUACCGCAAGUUAGGCAGACUCGCUGAAGAAGGAUGGACCUCGGUAGCGAAUCUAGUUGUCCAUCCACCACAACAACCACAGCCACGGUCAUCCACGCACAUUGACAUUGAGGAUUCAGCGCCACCUAUGCCAGAAAUAAAAAACGACAUCAAGCGAAGACUAUACCUUUUAUUAGAGGAACCAGCAAGCAGUAGAAGCGCUUUCUGGACCAACGUGGUAGUAUCUUUCCUCAUCCUUUUUAGCGCCAUUACCACAACCAUUGAAACAAUCCCCUCAUUCCGAUCAGCCAAGAGUAACAGAGUUUGGUUCCAUUUGGAAUCAGCCAUGGUGGCUCUCUUCACACUCGAGUACCUUUUGAGAAUGUUUGCUCAUUCUGACUCUUUCCGUAUGCUGAAAAAGUUCUUUCUGUCCCCGCUUUCCAUCAUUGAUUUCAUCUCAAUUAUCCCAUUCUACAUUGAAGUGAUUGCCAAGCAUGAUACCACCUACGAGUUUAGAUUCACUAUCUUAAGACUGUUUCGACUAUUGCGCCUAUUCAAGUCAUACAAGUAUUCCAACACGAUUGUCAUGACAAUUGAAGUGAUGAUGAUGGCCUUUAGAAGAUCCGGAGAUGCUCUGUCUGCCCUGUUUUUCUUUACUGUUACUUGUGUUGUCCUGUUCUCGACGCUGCUGUAUUUCGCUGAACGUGGUAUCUGGGAUGAGACCUUGCAAGCUUUUGUGGCAUCAGACGGUGUUCCCAGCUCAUUUGACAGUAUUCCUGCUGCAUUUUGGUUUGUACUAGUGACAAUCACCACCACUGGCUACGGUGACAUGGUGCCUACUACAUUCAUUGGUAAAUUGAUUACGUUUCCUGCAAUGAUGUUUGGUGUAUUGUUGAUUGCAUUACCAUCCAUUAUUGUUGGCAGAAACUUUACAAUUGUCUGGGAGAGCAUGCGUAGACGCCAGUUUUCAAAUAGAAUGGGACUGAAUCCAAUGGGUGGUGGAGACGACGUGUUGCAAUCUGCAGAGCGCGAGAACGCCAACACUGCUUCAUUUGAGAGCCCUGCCACAACAUCUGCUCCAGCAAGAUCAGAUGGCACCUUUGGACUAUUACCAAAUAAUGGAGAGGAUGAGAUUUUGAACCAAAUACAAGCAUUGAUGCAACUGACAUUACAAAACCAAGCUGCUAUCAAUAAGAUUAUCAGUGCGUUGGAAAAGCAAGGCACAAAACUCUCGCCAUCAACUGCCGAGGAUUCACCCUUGUCGGCAAUAUCAUAUAAUAAAGGGAAGAGCCCUUUACUGUCAAAAGAGGACAACGAUCCAUUUUCUGAUUAA